UUUUACAUUUUUCCUUUUUCCUCUAAACGCGGUGCAUAGCCCCUUCUUUCAUAAAGGGGGCUUCCUUCUCCUUAGGGUUUCAUUACCAGCCAUUCCUCCUCUCUCUCUUCCUCUCAGAGGGAUUUCUUCAAAAUCAUCUUAUCAUCAUCAUCAUCUUCUUUUUCAUUCCAUUGCUGCUGUUAAGAAUUUCAUUUCACAAUCUUCUUCACCACUUCUUUUCUGUUUUUUUAUGGGUAUUUUGGGUAUUUGUUGAAGAAAAAAUUGAUUUAUAGUCUCCGUGUAUUCACCAUCACAUGUGAGAAUGCCUGCAACAGACUAUCAAGGUUCUUCAGCACCAUUUGCAUCCAUUGGAAGAUCAAUCCUGAGUAUACGCCGUGAUCACUUCCAUAUGGAGACAUCAUCAAAUCACAAUCAUGAUGGUGGUCAAGAUCAACAGGAAUUAGAUUCAUUUCAAAAGCAAGUAACGGAACGAUUUCUCGAAUUAUCGACUGUUACUGGUGAAGAUCUUCUUUCUUUAUCAUGGAUAAGGCGAUUGCUGGAUGCGUUUCUGUGUUGUCAGGAGGAAUUCAGAGCGAUUUUGUUUAACAACAAGGUGAAUAUGGCGAAAGCUCCGUUGGAUCGUCAUGUGGCUGAGUUUUUUGAACGGAGUGUGAAGGCGCUUGAUGUUUGUAAUGCGAUUCGUGACGGGAUUGAACAGAUCCGACAAUGGAAGAAGCAUUUGGAGAUUGUGUUGGUUGCUUUGGAUCCUAAUCAGAGGAUGUUGGGAGAAGGUCAAUUCCGGCGAGCUAAGAAGGCGCUUACUGAUUUAGCUAUUGGGAUGUUGGAUGAGAAGGAUUCUGGUUCUGUUUUACAGCAUCGGAAUCGGUCAUUUGGCCGGAACAAUACUAGUAAAGAUCAUCGUCCUGCUGGGCAUUAUCGAUCUUUGUCUUGGAGUGUGUCUCGUUCUUGGUCUGCUGCGAAACAAUUACAGGCUAUUGGGAACAAUUUGGCUGCGCCGAGAGGGAAUGAAAUUACGGCGACGAAUGGACUUGUGGUUCCUGUGUAUACCAUGAGUUCGAUUCUGUUGUUUGUAAUGUGGACUUUGGUUGCUGCUAUUCCUUGUCAAGAUAGAGGACUUCAGACUCAUUUUGCUAUUCCUAGGCAAUAUACUUGGGCUGCUCCGAUUAUGUCUUUGCAUGAACGAAUAAUUGAGGAAUCGAAGAGACGUGAUCGCAGGAAUGCCAAUGGGUUGUUGAAGGAGAUUUUCAUUAUUGAGAAAUCUGCAAGGCAUAUGACUGAAUUGGCUGAUUCAGUUCAGUUUCCUUUGGUUGAUGAAAAAGAAAAUGAAGUUAGAAAAAGUGUUACUGAUUUGGGUCUAGUCUGUGAAGGAAUGAAAGAAGGUUUGGAUCCAUUGGAACGGCAAGUACGCGAAGUUUUUCAUCGGAUCGUAAGAAGCCGGACCGAGGGUCUUGAUACUCUGGGUAGACCAAAUCCUGAGUAGAAUUAGAGCAUCAUAUUGGAAUUUAUGUAUCUCUCAUAGCUUUUGAGCAAAUGGAUGUGUAAAUUUUGCUAAGGCUGUUAUUUUGGUAUUGCAAAAACCAGAAUGAAGAAGAAGAAGAUGAAGAUAGGGACUGGAAGUGAAGAAGUUAUUAAGGUCAAUCAGGUAGAUUUUCUUUUAUCUGCCUAACAUACAUUGUGUAAAGAAACAAAGAGAAAAAACAUCCCCUCAAAAAAAGGAAUUUGGAUUGAUAAUUACUGUUUUUCAUGGCGCUGUAAUUCGGCUUGUGUUUUUUUACUCUUUUUAUUUUGUAUAAUUUUCCAUCAGUUGUUUUCUAAGUUGCAUUUUCAGGUUGUAGCUGAAUUUCAUUUUUGGAAUUCUGUUUCUUUUGUUGAUCAAAUAUUAUACUACUAUAAUUUGAAUACAGUACUUGCCUAAUUG